GGCGGGCAGACGCCGGAGGUGGCGGAUACAAGAUGGCGCCGUGCGGACGUGUCCGGAGCCGCUGCCCGGGCCCGGCGCUGCUCCUGCUGCUGGCGCUAGCGGCGCGGCCGGCGGCGCCCAGCCCUGCUGUCGGCCUUGCGGGUGCCGGCGGUGCCCCGCCCGGACCGGGGCAGCCGGUGGGGCCGGGCGCGGCCGUCCCGCGGAGUGCCCGCGGCGGCGGGUCGGGCAGCGGGUGGAAGCUGUCGGAGGAGGCGGUGUGCCGGGAGGACGUGGUGCGGCUCUGCUCCAAGCACAGCUGGGCCAACAACCUCGCCGUGCUCGAGUGCCUGCAGGACGUCCGCGAGCCAGAUAAUGAAAUCUCUUCAGACUGCAAUCAUCUCUUGUGGAACUACAAGCUGAACCUGACUACAGAUCCAAAGUUUGAAUCCGUGGCCAGAGAAGUCUGCAAGUCCACUAUUGCUGAGAUAAAGGAGUGUGCAGAUGAACCAGUUGGUAAAGGGUUCCUGGUGUCAUGUUUGGUGGAUCACAGAGGCAACAUCACUGAAUACCAGUGCCAUCAGUACAUCACUAAAAUGACAGCCAUUAUCUUCAGCGAUUAUCGCUUGAUCUGUGGCUUCAUGGAUGACUGCAAAGCUGACAUCAAUCUCCUGAAAUGUGGCAGCAUUCGACCUGGAGAAAAGGUAUCCAGAAAACAUGAUGCUCACUCGCAAGGAGAGGUGGUGGCAUGCCUGGAAAAAGGCCUGGUAAAAGAGGCAGAGGAGACUGAUCCUCGAAUCCAGGUUUCUGAUCAGUGUAAGAAGGCAAUUCUUCGUGUAGCUGAACUCUCUUCCGAUGACUUCCACCUGGACCGGCAUCUCUACUUUGCAUGCCGAGAUGACAGAGAACGAUUCUGUGAAAAUACUCAGGCUGGGGAAGGCCGAGUAUACAAGUGCCUCUUUAAUCACAAGUUUGAAGAAUCAAUGAGUGAAAAGUGUCGUGAUGCGCUGACGACCCGCCAGAAGCUCAUUGCCCAGGACUACAAAGUCAGUUACUCGCUGGCCAAGUCCUGUAAAAGUGACCUGAAGAAAUACCGCUGUAAUGUGGAGAACCUGCCCCGCUCUCGGGAAGCCCGGCUUUCCUAUCUGUUGAUGUGCUUAGAGUCUGCUGUGCACAGAGGUCGACAAGUGAGCAGUGAGUGCCAGGGUGAAAUGCUGGAUUACCGGCGCAUGCUGAUGGAAGACUUCUCACUGAGCCCAGAAAUCAUCCUGAGCUGCCGAGGGGAGAUCGAGCACCACUGCUCCGGCCUCCAUCGGAAAGGUCGCACCCUGCACUGCCUGAUGAAAGUAGUCCGGGGUGAAAAGGGCAGCGUCGGGCUCAAUUGUCAGCAGGCACUUCAAACCCUGAUUCAGGAAACGGACCCCGGUGCUGACUAUCGCAUCGACCGCGCGCUGAACGAGGCCUGCGAGUCGGUGAUACAGACAGCCUGCAAGCACAUACGGUCUGGAGACCCCAUGAUUCUGUCUUGUCUGAUGGAGCACUUGUACACUGAGAAAAUGGUAGAGGACUGUGAGCAUAGGCUCCUGGAGCUCCAGUAUUUUAUAUCUCGUGACUGGAAAUUGGACACAGUCCUUUACCGCAAGUGUCAGGGAGAUGCCUCCCGCCUCUGCCAUACCCAUGGCUGGAAUGAGACCAGUGAGCUGAUGCCUCCAGGGGCUGUUUUCUCCUGCUUGUACAGGCAUGCAUAUCGCACAGAGGAGCAAGGAAGGAGGCUAUCACGAGAGUGCAGAGCAGAGGUCCAGAGAAUCCUCCAUCAGCGAGCCAUGGAUGUGAAGCUGGACCCAGCCCUCCAGGACAAGUGCAUGAUUGACUUGGGGAAGUGGUGCAGUGAAAAGACAGAGACAGGGCAGGAGCUGGAAUGCCUUCAGGACCAUCUUGAUGACUUGGUGUCUGAUUGCAGAGACAUAGUGGGAAACCUCACUGAGCUGGAGUCUGAGGACAUUCAAAUUGAAGCCUUGCUGAUGAGAGCAUGUGAGCCCAUUAUCCAGACAUUCUGUCAUGAGGUUGCAGAUAACCAGAUUGAUUCUGGGGACCUGAUGGAGUGUCUAAUACAGAACAAACACCAGAAGGAAAUGAAUGAAAAAUGUGCAAUCGGUGUUACUCAUUUCCAGCUGGUUCAAAUGAAAGAUUUUAGGUUCUCAUACAAGUUUAAAAUGGCUUGCAAGGAAGAUGUGCUGAAACUGUGCCCCAACAUCAAAAAAAAGGUGGAUGUGGUGAUCUGUCUGAGCACAACUGUGCGCAAUGAUACUUUGCAGGAUGCCAAGGAGCACAGGGUCUCUCUGAAGUGCCGCAAACAGCUGCGUGUUGAGGAGCUAGAGAUGACUGAGGAUAUCAGACUUGAACCAGAACUUUAUGAGGCUUGUAAAAGUGACAUCAAGAAUUACUGCCAGAACGUGCCCUAUGGCAAUGCUCAGAUUAUUGAAUGCCUGAAAGAAAUCAAGAAGCAAUUGAGUACACGGUGCCACCAGAAGGUGUUUAAGCUGCAGGAGACAGAGAUGAUGGACCCAGAACUGGACUAUACACUCAUGAGAGUCUGCAAGCAGAUGAUCAAGCGCUUUUGUCCAGAGGCGGAUUCGAAAAACAUGUUGCAGUGUUUGAAACAAAAUAAGAACAGUGAAGUGAUGGAUCCUAAAUGCAAGCAGAUGAUUACCAAGCGCCAGAUUACACAGAACACAGAUUACCGCUUAAACCCCGUGCUCAGGAAGGCGUGCAAAGCAGACAUACCAAAAUUCUGCCAAAAUAUCCUGAAUAGGGCCAAGGAUGAUACAGAGUUGGAAGGACAAGUCAUCUCAUGCCUGAAGUUGAAAUAUGCAGACCAGCGUCUCUCUCCAGACUGCGAGGACCAAAUUCGAGUGAUAAUCCAAGAAUCAGCCCUUGAUUAUCGGCUGGAUCCCCAGCUUCAGAUGCACUGUUCCGACGAGAUUUCCAGCUUGUGUGCAGAAGAAGCAGCAGCUCAGGAGCAGACUGGGCAGGUGGAAGAAUGUCUGAAAGUGAAUCUGCUGAAAAUAAAAACUGAGAUGUGCAAGAAGGAAGUGCUCAACAUGCUGAAGGAAAGCAAAGCAGAUAUAUUUGUUGACCCGGUACUCCACACAGCCUGUGCCCUAGACAUCAAACACCACUGUGCUGCCAUUCCGCCAGGGAGAGGACGCCAAAUGUCAUGCUUAAUGGAAGCUCUAGAAGAUAAGCGUGUGAGGUUGCAGCCUGAAUGCAAGAAACGCCUUAAUGAUCGUAUAGAAAUGUGGAGCUAUGCUGCAAAGGUUGCCCCAGCAGAAGGAUUUUCUGACCUUGCCAUGCAAGUUAUGACCUCUCCGUCCAAGAAUUACAUCCUGUCUGUGAUCACAGUUGGCAUCUGUGUACUCUUCCUCAUCGGCCUGAUGUGUGGACGCAUCACCAAGCGGGUGACAAGAGAGCUCAAGGACAGGUAGAGCCUGGAUUGCCUGCUGAAGAAAUGCCUGCCCAGUGCCCAGUUUUGUACAGCCCUCCACUGUAUAGUCUACCCACCCCCUCUUGUGAGAGGAGAAUAAAAAAAAAAAACAAAAAAAAACAAAAAACAAAAAAAAAUUAGAACAGCAGCAGGUGUUGGCUCAGUUUUCCCAUCCUGGAUCUCAUCCGUGGCAUCUUCAUCCUAUGAAAGUUUGUGUGCAACAUUGACAGCCCAGCCAGCAGCUUUUCGUUACCCCUUUGUUAGCAGACUCUCGUUUACCUGCCUGUAGACAAGUCUCUGUUGUACUGUUGGAACUGCCUUCACUCUCCAAAUCAGACUGAUAUGACCUGCAGCUCAAGCAGUUUUUAAGUAAAUUUUUAAAGACAGACAUAUGCUGCAUACCGACUAUAUGAUUUAGGUAAUGGUUCAUACUGAAAUCUAGUCAUCCUCUGUGGCUGGGUGAAGUUGAGGCAGGAAAUUAAAGGGUAAAUUGCAUCUUACACCACAGUUGGCCUUGUUUUGGACAUCUUGCUCGUCUGUGUAAAGCAUCUUCAGAGCAUAGUCUUGGACAACCUAAGGACACCAAUCACUGGUGUCAUCUCCUAGUGAAUAUCCUGCUUUUGUGACUGUGGAUUUUUUUGGCUGAAAAGAUGUCCUCCCUUUCUUCCUCUUGCUGCUUGCAAGAUAGAAUAAAAUACUGACCAGGACUGAAUACUCAUGUGAGCUGUACAACUUGUAUUUCAGUAGAUUAAAGACACGAUGUAGACACGAGGUGUGUAGAGCCUGUCAGUAGUUAACAGUGUCAGUGGGCAGGAAGUGCUCUGAGCAGUUACUCGGUCAACUUUUUUAUUAGCCAUGAUGCAGUAAAAUUCUAACACUCCUUUUAUUUUACCUUGCUGCUGCUAAGCCGUUGCCCUCCCCAAUUAACUGUGUGUAGAUGGUAUUGAUGCACUGGCAGUGCAGUGCUCUGUCAGUGAUGCAAAAAGCACCAGAACACUCAACAUGCUCUCUCUCCAUAUAACGGUUACUUGUGGGUUAGCGUUUGUAACCACGCUCUGGGUCUUAAUGGUUUGUAUGGUAGCACUGAAGAGUGCUUUUCAUUUCCACAACUGUUGAUGGUGAUAACACCUGGCAGUUUCCUGGGAUGUAGAACACAGGUGCUGGUCCAGAAUGCCAAGCGGAAGUGGAUGGAAGAAUGAUAGUGUGGUAUGAAAAGCAGAAACAUCUGGAUCUUUAAGGGAAGUAGCUUUUGCAUAUGCUACCAUCAACAUGGCAUUUAUGCUAUGUAUAGUUAUACUUCCAGAACUGGAUACUUGCACCCAAGAGCCCAAAUAAGGUGUUUUGGAAAAGCUGCACCAGUAGUUGUGGCCUCUUCUUACUAUCACCUGUGUUCCUCAACUACAAGGAGGUGUGGAGCUCAUAAGACACGUGCUUUAACUGAAACAUGGAGUGUGUUGAUGAAAUCCAGGAGAGGCUGCAUGAGAGUCAAUGUGUACAGGAGGAUAUGUUUUAUUCACAUUUUAGAUGUGCUCUCCUAUGUGUGCUGUGGUAAAAACCAUGUGCCUGAAACUCUGCAACUUAGGCUGAUGCUUGAACUGUAACUUUAUUUUCCCACUUAGCACACUACUAGGUAAGACCUGGUGUUUCCAUUUCUCCCCAUUGUUUUCUAGAAGAACAGUGGAGGUGGUUUUGAGACACUCUCAGAGUGUGGACCAGCUGAUUCUGGUGAUGCUGUGUAUACAGAAUGACAUAUACAAAAUACUGUGAGCUUUUGCUAUGACAUUUUUGCUGAAGCUUUUUGCAAACACACCUUCAUCCCGCUCUGAGGAUGGUGGCAAACUAAUAUGGGUUUAGACUUGCUAUGCUAGUGAGUCUCACAAACACUUCUGGUUUUGUAGCAAAGUACUGUGAACACAAGCAAGCAGCAGCGAAAGCCUGAGUGAUGAAGUUUCAAUGGAGAGUUAGUGUAUGGUAGGAUUGCAGUUAAGUGGUGAGGUAGAACUGAAUUUAAGCCUGAAUUCCUUUUCUUGCCCCACUUACCUGGUGUUAAGGGAGCUUGACUUGGCCGUCUGUCAGCAUGAAGUGGAGCAGAAGAGAAACAGUUAAUCAGGUGUCUUGAGGUAGCACAGGUGUGUAACUCCACAAAUAUUAGUUUGGCAAUUAGAAGUGUGUGUUGUAUCACUUGACUGAGUGUUGAAAUGACUGCUGUCGAAAUGGAUGUGCUCACAGAGCUGCCAGCAAGGGAAGUGGGAUCUUGGUGCAGCCUUGCUUGCUGGCAUGAGUCCUGCUUCUCCAAAAUGUCUGUCAGGCAUAAUUAAAUUGCCAUUGGAGGGCUUUUUUUAAACUGUUGUGACUUUUUGAGAAGGCAUUUUGUAACCUGAUUAGCUUGGAAAGCCUAAUUAGAUGGUUUAUUGUCUAGAAAUAGCAUCUUCCACUAAAUUCCAAAAGACACUGCGGUGAAAAUUGUAGGUUUGUAGCCAUGGUUCUGAAUGUAAACCCUGUUCAGCUCUGAAGGUGACUUUCUUUACUUUCAGAUUUAAGGCUUUCUGGGUUUUUUUUCCUUUUUUAUUUGGAGAAGGUUAUGGUAAGGGUGCCCGGAGCCUGGCAUUAGGAGUCCGUGCUCUAUGGUGGUGUUAGUCUGUGGUUGGUGGUGUUCUGCCUAUGUCAGGCUCACCUGGGAGUUCAGUUUCAGUGUGAGUGUGCUGGGAUGGUGUUACAGGUGUGUGGCUCGAGGCCCUUGGAAAAAAAUGUAGGAUACUAAAUAAACCUUUUGUCACAGUAGACACCAGACCCACCUUUUAAAGGAUGGAUGCUGGCAAGGGGGUCCAAGCCAUUUUAUCAUUGAGCAUGUUAUCUUUUCACGUUUUAAAAGGAGGUCUCCUACCACUGGUGAUGACCAAAUCUACUUUUUUCUCAACUAAAAAUCUACCAGUCACAGUCUUGACGCAUUCUCCUCCUUUUCAUGCAUACCUAAAAAUCUAGAGGUUUCACAAGCACAGAAACCCACAGGAGUACUGUUCCAAAAAUAACUGGUUUUGCUGUUGCCAGCACAUCAUCUUGCCUGCAGGUAACCAUUUUCCACUGCAGAGAAAGAAAGAAUGAAUCAGAGUCACAGAACAGUUUUGAGUUGGAAGGGACCUUAAAGCUCAUCUCAUUCCAACCCCUGCCUUGGGCAGGGACACCUUCCACACUAGACCAGGGUACUCAGAGUCCCAUCCAGUCUGGUCUUGAACACUUCAGGGAUGGGGAGUCCACAACCUCUCUGAGCCACCUGUGCCAGUGUCUCACCACCCUUGUAUGAAGGUGUGAGAAAUGGUUUUAAGAAACACUGCUGUUGCCUUGAAUUCAAGAAAGCCUUUUUAACUUCUCUGUUGUAAUAGAGAGUGUUAGCAAUAGCUGCAGUCAGCCAAGAGAAGCUGUGGAAGCCUGUGGUGUGUGGAAGUGUGGAAGAACCUGUGGUAGUGUUUCUUCUUCAUAACCCUUACCUCUCACUGGAGAAGUCUGCCUUCCACUGAAUGCAGUUUAGGAGAUGGUUGUUGGUUGGGUUUUUUUUUUCUCCCGAUCAUCACAAAACCUUCUCUUGGAGAGCCAGAUGCUCUCAGAGCGAGACUUGAUGCUGGUGCUUAGGGCAUGGAUGGAAGAGCUGAAUGUUUGGGAUCUGGCAAGGUGUGCAGCUCUCCAUUUGCUUCCUGCUGCUGUGAGGGUUAACAAGUUAGGCUUCCUAAAUGACGGCAUGUGCACGUGUCAGGAACUGUGCAUGAUGUGCACCUCUAUACUUCACUCCUGCUAGCCUGUUACAGUUCAUUCUCUUUCACAGUAAUAAGCUUAUUUAUUGUUUACCUAGUGAGUCUAGCCAAGUCCUUUUGUGAGUUUCAGUGUGGGAUUCUCCUGCCUCACUUUUGUCAUUAGGCUGCUGGAGUAAUUCAGAUAUGAGUGGGAACAAAAUUCCUGGCACUUGAAGUACCGCCCAGCGCACCGAGUUAAGUAUCGGUGUGUUUGUGUCAUUGCAAAGGGCUGGAAAGACCCUAGUGAAGGUUGAAUAAUUCUGUAGCAAAAUUUAGCAUUUCCUCCAGAAUCUGACCCUGUGAUUGAUCAGUGUUGCUCUGAAAGAAUCCACAGUAAGUGCAUUGUAUGGAAAAUAAUGAUGGUGACCGUCUCAAGUACGGAAACUAACUGCAGGUAGGUACGGAGAUAAGAAAUGUAACAAGCCAGAAGGAUCCCUGGAAUCCCAUAAUGUUGUAGAGAAAUUGUGAUGAAGUUGGAUGGCGAUUUCUGUUUAAACACAACGUUAUUACUUAGUGAAAGAAGAUUGUAGGUUUUUUUACUUUAUCAGUUUUGUUUGGAAAAAAAGUUUUGAGGUGUGUAUGAGUGCACAAGUGUGGUAUGAAACCAGACGAUUUCAUCUAGCACUUCUGUCCCUAUUUAAAGUACAGCUCUGUGGACUCAAAACAGCUGUAGUGUGGGUUUGUGUAAGAGCACGUUCCUAAUUCUGGGGUUCAGAUCCUCCAGGCAGCUCCCAGGUACUGAUCUUUGCGCAGUCUCCCUGUUUGGGAGCCAGACCUGCCAUUUUGCUUCCACCAGUGAGUCAUGGUUAGAGGGGACCCAAAUCACACACAUGUGCCAGAGAGAAUUCCGCUGGCAUCGCUCUUUGUCCUGUGCUGGUGGAAUUCUGCAUCUGCUCUCUUGAGUUCCUGAAUGCUGCCUGGGAUAGGAAGGAAUAACAACGUUGCUCUUCACUAGCCAGAGGCGAGAUUUUCUCCUUCCACAACACCCAAAUUUGAUUCCAUAGCUGACCAAGCACAAAGAUCCCUUCCAGGGUGAAUCGCUGCACCCUGAGAUCCACCCCCUGCUGCCCCUCUAUUGACUGAAUUAGAAGUGCUCGUGUAGCUCUUGCCUUGGGAAGUACUGAACUAGGAGAAAAGGGAAAGGUGUGACUGCUGCGCGUAGAAGCAGAGGAUCGGAAGCUGUGAGUAAGGCGUGUGUUGGACUGGGCACGAGCCGGGUGUUGGGGGAAAGGGGCUCCCCAGCCCCCCUCAGUGUACAAAGCAGACCCAGCAGAUUCCUAUGGUACAGCAGAUACAGUUUGAACGUAGUCUCCUUUUUUUAUUAUAAUUAUUUUUCAAUGUGACAUUAACGAGACUUCUUUUUUGUAAAUUGUUUCCCCUUUCUGUGUAUAAAUCCUGGCCACUCCUUGUUUCAGUUGUUUUUUUGGUUUCUUUUUUCUGUUUUUUUUUUUUUUUUUUUUACAUGUCCAUGCUGUGUAAUUUUGAGAUGUUACUGAAAUUCUGAACAUAAUAAUGUGCAUUUUUUUUUUUUUUUCUGUACAGAUGAAAUGGGAGAAUUUAAUAAAAAGAGUCUGCAGGUUUGUA